CGGCCCCCAGCGGUGACCAGUGGUAGUGCUGCUGCUGGCUGGCUAUUGUGGGCGGGUCCUCGGGCGCAGUCACGUGACGCUGUGGGAAAGUGCGCCAGGCUCAGUCAGUAGUCAGUGUCUCCGCAGCUGCCGCCAUGUCCGCGCUGCUGUCCGGCUACUCCCCUAGCUUCAAGAAGCCCUCGGAGGUCCUGCGGCUGAGCCGGCGGAGGAGCCGGAGCGAGGCUGGGGUCAAGGCGGCGCUCUUCUCCCCGGGGGAUGCCACAAAGCGGGCGGCCGGGGUGCGGCCCUUCUCCCCGGGGCGGCAGCAGAGCGGGGCGGUGAAGCGGAGGAACCCGUUCGCCAGCUUGGACAACACGGUGCCGGGGAAGAGGAGAGCCGGGAGUGUGGCGGAGUGCGAGCUGCCGGCGUUGAGCUGGGCGCUGCCGGGCACGGAGCAGGAGAACCCGCCGCCCGCUGAGUUUGUUUCAGAAAAAGAUGUAAUGUGCGGAGAAAGCUUGGAUACCGAACCUGCUGCAACCAUAAAGAUUCAAGCUCCUGAAAAGCCCCUUACAGUAUUGGAACAGCCUAAGGGAUCACUUACUUAUCCGGCUGACUGGAGCCUAAAGACCCGCCUGCUGUUCACGUCUUCCCAGCCUUUUUCCUGGACUGACCACUUAAAAGCCCAGGAAGAAGCUCAGGGCCUGGUUUUGCAUUGUCGUGCUGCUCCUGUCAGCCUGCCUCACAGUAUACCGGAACCAAAACAGUCCACUGACCUGCGAUGUGCGUUCCAGCAAGCGUUAGUGUACUGGCUUCAUCCCUCACUUCCGUGGCUGCAGCUCUUUCCCAGGAUCGGCGCAGACCGGAAAUUGACUGGAAAAAAUAAUCCUUGGUCUCAAGAUGAAUCCUUGCAGCAGGUGUUAAUGAGCGAAUGGGCUCUCGGUUUCACCUCUCUGUAUAAUCUGCUCAGAGCGAAACUGUGUCCGUACUUCUACGUGUGCGCUUAUCAGUUCACCGUGCUGUUCCGGGCGUCUGGUGUCGCAGGGUGUGAUGUAAUUACAGCAGUCAUGUCUCCUACCACACAGGGCUUAAGAGAAGCGAUGAAAAAUGAAGGAAUUGAAUUUUCUCUACCAUUGGUGGUGAAUGAUGCCAGUAGAAAACAGAAGAGUGCGGAGUCGACAACCCAAUUGGAUGACAGGACUCAGGAGAUCGACAGAGAAGAGGCACCAUUAGACAGUGACGAGGACGAAAGCUUCUCGUGGUUGGAAGAGAUGGGAGUCGAAGACCAAAUAAAAAAGCCAGAUGCAAUAUCCAUCAAACUACGUAAGGAGAGAAAUGAAGUGAAGCUGGACCACAGACCUGAAUCCGUUGUGUUGGUGAAAGGAACAAACACGUUCACGUUACUCAAUUUCCUCAUCAACUGCAAAAGCAUAGUAGCUGCAGCCGGUGCUCAGGCCGGACUUCCGCCCACACUGCUGUCACCAAACGCAUUCCGGGGGGCCACCAUGCACACGCUGAAGGCCAGGAGUGUGAAUGUAAAGACUCUGGUACGGUCGGAAUACAAAGAUCAGUUCAGCCUGGAGAUAAUGGGGCCAGUGAUGCCUCAUGCUCUGCAUUCCCUGACGCUGCUACUCAAGUCUGCACAGAUGGGCAGUUUCUCAGGCACCCUCUAUACCCAUGAGCCAACCACGGUGUUAAACACGUCUACCCAUGACCAGAACAGCCAGCAGAAUGAUGGCUCUGAACUCGCAAACUGUGGCCUUCAUCCCCUUACACUGGAACAAUGUACCCAGUCGUCUACCCUUGGGAAAUCCUCACUACGUCAGCUAGAACUGAGUGACUACAAAUACACCUGGAAGUGCUGAGCUCUCACGUGUUCCCCAAACUGACCGCAGAAGCGCCAUGUACUGUCAGUGCCCCGUAACAGCGGUACACAGACAUUGGUCAGUCAUGUCCAUCACUGCCGCGCUGAGACCGGCCUGUAGCUUCAUCAGCCAAGGUCUGUUACCCUUCUCCACCAUCGGUCUCCAUAUCAAUGGGAAGAACUUGCUAUGAGGAUGUGGUCUUCCGUCCCUGUGGUGGAAUCUAUUUUAGUGUUCGAUUCCUUUUUUAGUUUUUUAUCCUUUAAAUUUUUAGAUGGCAUUUGGAGAAGUGAGAUUUAUGGUGCGGAUGACUUUUAAACUAAUUUUCUAUUGUGAAGCAGAAUCCAUGAAAUAUUUAUUGACAAAUGUGGCUUUACUUUUUAUAAAGACGUUUAAAAUCUCAGAAGGAUCUCACGUAAUGUCACGUGGUGAGGUUACCAUGAAGUAUUUUAUCAGUUUUGUCGUACAGUCACUUUUACUACUACUUGCCACUUUUAUAUUGUAUUUAUAUGCUGCCGGAGGAAUGCUUUGUCUGGUGAUGCAGAAUCAGUUUUUAUCAGGAAAUCCUGUAACCGUUCCACUGCCUUGUUGUGUUGAUGCCAAGACCAGAAUCUGGCAGAAUAUUUAACUGGACGACUUUGUAAAGGCCACUUGUGACCGGAGCUAGCCCACGCUGCCAUGUCUGAUUCUGAUAGUAAUGAAUUUUAUAUGUAUGUUUAAAAAAAUGUGAUCGCUGAUUAAAAAACGAAUUCUUCACAAA